CAGUUCGUGAAGUUUGAAAGAAGCUAUAACACAACACCCUCAGUGUUACUUACAGCAAAUCACAGCAGCACGGCUCCUGGAAACUCCGCACCAGCGCAUUAUGGGAUUGCAAAAUGGAUUGAGGUACCAAAAAUAACAACAGAGGAUCAUGGGACGUCCCAUGACCAACAUUUGGUUGAAAAAAACUAAUCUGAUAGUUUUUUAAGGGCAAAAGCAGGACUCUGCUGAAAAGGUCUGCCAUGACAAGAAUCCGUGCUCGUACCUUAACAACAUCGCUCUUAUAUUUAGUGACAUCAUUUUUUCUCAAAUCACUGGCAGUAAGGUUACGUAACGGGAAACCUAAGAUUGUAUGGAGGCUUCUCUCCUUUGCAGUUUCCCGUUGGGAUACUGACAAAAAAUUUUAAUAAAAGUAAGCGCGCGAGUGACGAUGGGAAGAGGGAAAAAAGCGGCUUCCCAUCGUCUCCCACGCGCUUUCCUUUCUUUCUGCCCCAACCUCCCUACGACAUAAAGAAGCCUCUGUGGAGGAGAGAGUGCGGGGGCACUUACGUUUCUCGCUAGUUGACGUCAUUCUAAGGUGUGUGUUUGUUUUUUAGAUGCCAGGGGGGAAGUUGUUAGAUAGCUGUUGCCUUCAAAGAGGAAUCUUUCUAGUGCAGGUUGAAGCGAAAAGCCAAUUUGCAAAUGUCAAACCUGCUUCUACUUGCUGAGUAUGCGUGAAGAACCCUAAACAAGCAAUAUUUAUACAAGUUUUGAUCAUCACAGUUACCUACAAUCGUAUAAUCUUUUUUUGCAGAACAUGAACAAAACCGGUUUCAGGGUGUGUGUGAAGGAGUUGUAUGAGACCAGAUAUGAUCCCGUGUCAGUGAGUUAUGCAGUACUAGCAGGUCAGUUAACAAGAAAAGUACUUGAUUUUAUGACGUAACCGGUUCACCACAGCAAACCAUCAUGUCUUUAUUGGUCGCACUGUUACAUACGUCACGUGCAGAGAUGUCACGUGGAAUCAUUGCUUAGCUUUUUUUUCAUAUAACAAAUAGUUUUCCCUUACCGACAUUGUAUAAUUUCGCAUAAAUUUGCUAUGUAUGACCUGAGGCUUAUCUUGAUGUAGCCGUCUUUCCUGUCGGCGGGUUAUGUCUCCAAUAAGUAACAUGAUAACUGUCAGCAUUAGCCAAUAUCCAUCAGCUCAAGGCAAACUUCUUGUUUCCAAAGAUAUCUGUGACCCUGGGUGGAGCUAUUUCAAUGGAUUCUGUUAUUUGACAAGUGAAAAAUGCGUCAAUUGGACAACAGCUCUCACCAAAUGUCGUCAGGAAAACUCGGUCCUUGUUGACGUGACCAACGAUGAGGAAAAUGUUUAUAUUCAACAUCGCCAUAAUGGAGACAAAUCCUGGCUGGGCCUGAAUGACAUUUCCACGGAGGGUAACUUUACUUGGGCGGAUCGCGCUGAGGGGAACUUUACAGCUUGGGCGAAGAAUCAGCCGAAUAACUUCAAUGAAGAAGACUGCGUUCACGCACUCGGUCUGAGAUACAACUAUGAAUGGAAUGACGUCAAAUGUAGGGAUUGUCAUCAGUACACUUGUAAGAAAGGUAGGAUGCUAAAAUUGUUUUCAUUCAUUUAGUUUUUUAUGGUAUUUGUUAAUGGCUCGAGAUUUUAGCUUAGGAUUUUGAGAAAAAAAAACCAACUGUUUAACAGUCUACUUUCAGAGCAUCUUGACCUUCUUUUCAAAGAGCGACUACCCAUAUUUCAACGUUCAGCAAAGAUAAAUCUUUCCCUUGUUAACCUUUUUAUCCGUAGAUAAACAUGUUUAAAAAGCUUUGAGCUUCCAAUUAAUCGAAAGCCUUUAUUAGGUCUUUUUGAAAACAGUCGGAAAGCGUUUUGCUAUCCUUGAAGGUUGCUUUGCUUCUAAAACUGUUAAGUAGGACUGAAAUUAAAAAAAUCUAAGGUACGGUAUGGAUCCUCAUAUGGAUAGCAUUACAUUCCGGCCAAUCAUGCCUAUGGUGUCUAUAAAUUAAAGUUGGCAAGAUACGCAAAAAUUUGAACAAGAAUUUUUAGUAGAAUUUCAUACACAUAGACUAAGUCGUCUUUCCAAUCGAUUAAACAAUUAUCCAUCAAGUCUGCCGGUACUUCCAAAAACAUCUGAUAAAUUCUUCAAAAGCCACGGUACAAUCAAAUCAUAAGUAUGAUACUAUGCUACAUAGUAUCCUUUAAGGAUUUUAAUAAUGAAGUCGAAACCAAUUGUGGAAUCCCAGAUAUCUUGUGCAUCCUCCGGCCGCGGAUAAGCGAUUACGUCAGGUAUUUGCAAAUGUAACAAUAGUCUCUCUUUCCUCUUUCUCUUCUAUAACAAAAUAUGAUAUUUGUUGCUAACGAAAGUGGAAGUAAAGGUAAGAUAGAUAGAUAGAUAGUUUAUUAAAAUAUCGAACAUGGCAGUCCGUAGACUGAAUUGCGUUACAAUUACUUAAAACUAAUAUUAAAUAAAUUCCAAAUUAUAUUUAUGAUUAACUUUAAUAUUGUUUUUUGUAAAGAUAUUUUUACGCUUUUUGAGAGAUAUAUAUUGAUCCAUGUUUGACCAGGUUUUUUAAUACAUGUCAUACUUGGAAUAAAAGCGUUCUUAAAACGAUUUGUAUGUGUGCGGGGCAUGGCAUAAGCCCUGGACUGUCUUAGAUUAUGUCUGUGUUCUCUCUUAGGAGUAGGUAACUAGUCGCAUAUAUGGUUUAUAAAAUUUACAAAGUAAGAAAGCAGAAAGGAACGAAACUACUUUUUGCAUCAUGUAAUUCCAGAAAAUAUCCAUACCCCCGCCCCUCCUUCCCUCCACGGAGGGCAAAGGGUAUUCCGAGAAGAGGGGGGUCCAAAAGAAGGUAAUUUUCGAGGGGGUGGGGGUCGCUUAGAGAGGUUUUUUUUUACAGGGGGUCUGAGUAAGAUUGGUGAGUCAUUAAUAAAUGAUAGCUUCUCUUCUUCUCUGUUGAGCAAGAUAUCAGUUAUUUUACUGUUAUCGGUGAUUCAAAACAACUAUUAUUAUUUGCAUUAAUCAUCGAUUAUCAACGGUCGGCUAAAUGCUUUUUUCACGGCUUAUGCGAUACUUUUCUUUAAUACAAUUGUCAUCGACUCGUGAAUAAAAUUAUCUUGUUGUUGCUUUAUUAUACAUUUGAUUCACCGAAAUUUGGUCGUGUCUUUUAAGACACGACCACAUUACAAUGUAACAUGUUCUAACCGAAUUGAAGUAAUGAAAUUUCACGUUGCGUUUAGUUUGAAUGUACCUGGUUAUUUUGCAGAUGACAUUACUCAUGUAGUCAGGUACGGUAACGCCUCUAUGGUUAAUUAUUAGCUAAGAACGGCCUGAGAUCAUUAGACACCGUAAUAACAUGAACGAAAAGAUUUUUUCCCAUUUCAUCGCAGAAAAAAUUAUCUUUCGCAUGAUAAUAUAGUGCAACAACAUUUUUGGCACAAAUAUUCUUUCCAGAGGGUGCCCAACCACGUUAAUUACAGAAAACCUAGAGGAGUGGGGGUAUGACAACCACCCUCUGGAAUGGAAAUUCCAGGUGAAGAGUCUAAAGCAAAAGUGCCCUCCGUGGAGGGGGUGGGAGUUGGGGGGUAUGGAUAUUUUCUGGAAAUACACAUUUCAAUUUGGGUUCACGUUCUUCCGAACCUCUCGCCGUUCCGCCCUCAUAAAAUACUAAAGGCUAAAAAAAUAAACAAAAAAACUGUUUGUCUGUGGCAUGCUUAGUGCUCACCUGAAGCAAACAGCCUACAUUUCCAAAAAUCGCCCUCGUUUUUAUACUUUCAUUUCAAAAGAUGAGUCAUUUGUAUUAACUGUUCAUUGUUUGUUUAGAUUUCAAUGAGUGUGAAAAAAAGACAAACAAAUGUCCCCUGCAUGCUAGAUGUGCCAAUGAACGUGGAUCCUAUUCAUGCAAGUGCAAGCCUGGGUAUGUUGGAAAUGGACAUAACUGUCGCCUGGCAACCGGGAGAUCCUGCUCGGAAAUCCGGAAAUACUUUAGUAGCGUCAGUAGAAACUAUAUCAUUGAUCCAGAUGGCGAGGGAGGUCUGGCACCAUUCUCAGUGUACUGUGACAUGACUGACAGGAAGGGUGUUGGCGUGACAGUCAUCAGUCACAACAGUGAGACCAGGACGUUGGUGAAUGGAUAUGAAGCUCAAGGUGGUUACUCACGCGACAUUCAAUAUACUGGAGCCAGUCUGUCUCAGUUAGCGAGUCUCACCGGAGUCUCCUCACACUGUGAGCAGUUUAUCAAGUAUGAGUGUUAUGAUUCGGUGCUGCUUUUUAAUAACCAUUUUUACGGAUGGUGGGUGUCACGUGAUUCUUCUAAGAUGACGUACUGGGGUGGAGCAUCUGUCAGGGGCAAGUGCGCAUGCGGGAUGACCAACUCAUGUGCAAACCCCAGUUACGGCUGCAACUGUGAUAAGAAUGAUCAUGUUUGGCGCGAAGACAGCGGUGUCCUGACUGACAAGAGAAAGCUUCCAGUGAAACAGCUCAGGUUUGGAGAUACUGGUGGUAGUCGCGAAAAAGGCUAUCACACUCUGGGGAAACUGAAGUGCUACGGCAUAGCGUAA